AUGAGGUUCCAGCUCAUAGUCACAAACCACCCGACGGCCGAAAUAGCCCGCCCUUCGGUGUUUGUGACAGACUCGGUGACCGGCAAGCGGCAUUUUAUAGGUCAAGUGCCGGAAGGUCUACAGAGGCAAUGCAAUGAAAUGGGCUUUAGAACCUCUAGAUUGGACACUAUGUUUCUCACGGGCAUUAUGGACUGGACAGCAAUAAGCGGGCUGCCUGGACUUAUUCUUACCGUUGCAGAUCAAGGGCUAAAAGACCUCCAAGUGGUGCACACUGGAAACAAUAUUCUUCAGUAUGUGGUUGCAUCCUGGAGGUAUUUUGUCUUCCGCUUCGGACUGAAGCUGAAAAUUGACGAUUUGGAUGUAUACAAAUCUGACGCAUACAAAGUGAAAGCAGUGAAUAUCAAAUCGGCAAGCCAAAAACACAUGAAGCUUAGCAAAGCAUUCGAUCGCGUAUCUGAUCUGGUGCAGUACAUCUUUCUCAUAAAGACAGGAAUGGGCAAUACUGGGCGCGCUCUCAUGAAUAUUGAGAUACCGUCCGAUGUCCACAAUCCAAAAGUGUCCGCAAAUUACAUUAUGACGGGGAACCCUAUCCGUGGAAGAUUUUUGGUUGAAAAAGCCAAGGAGCUAGGAUGUCCGAGGCAGAAGUAUAAGAACUUGUGCAACUUUCAGAGCGUGACGCUCGACGAUGGCACUGAAAUCAAGCCCGAACAGGUUUUGGAGCCCCAAAGGACGUUUGAUAGUAUCUUAUUCCUUGACAUUCCUGGUCCGGAGUAUUUGCAAAACACUAUAAAGCACGACUGGAAGAGCGAGCUCUCGGGAAAAAAAUAUUCAGCAGUUUACCAUUUCGUUGAUGAAUCGGUCAAUGAUGUGCUCGAUCUCCCAGAAUACCAGCAAUUCAUUAGAUCGUUCGGCCCUGACACCUACCACUUUAUUUCUCACCGACAAUACGUUCCCGAUACAUUGAACUUUCUGGCGUCGUAUGUCGUCUCUUUGAAGUGGCACGCUUUGCUUCCAGAUCUGUUUCCUCUUUUCAGAUGGAGCGAUCAGCCCGAAAAGCAGAUACCAGAAGGCUUAUCCAACGUGCGGCCGAUGCUAUGUGGCCAAACUCUUGGUUUCGGGCCUGGCGUGACCUCGAUCAUGAGAGCCAACAGUUGUACCAGCACAGACGAAGUGGUCAAGACUGUGCGAAACGCUUAUGCAGAAGAAAUAGCUCCGUUGCAGCUUUCAAAUUUUGUUUCUGAAGAAGAGUUUGUGAAGCUAGCUACCGCUCCUCCAAAUAAUAAACUGAAGCAUGCUCCGGACAGACGUCGGCCUUUGAAGGAACAAGUUGAAGUUCUGGUUCUGGGAACGGGCUCGGCGCUGCCGUCUAAGCUCAGAAACGUGAUCUCUAAUGCUGUGAGAGUGCCAACCGAGUCUGGCUACCGAACCAUAUUCCUGGACGCUGGCGAAAACACCCUGGGCAGCAUCAACAAGCUGUACUCGCAGGAAGACGUUGCCACGCUUUUCAGAGAGCUGAAAGUGGUGUAUUUGUCGCAUCUACACGCUGACCACCACAUCGGCAUAGUCGCACUACUACAGAAAUGGUGCCAGGUAAGAAGCGAGCACGACAAACUGUAUGUCGUGGCUCCAUGGCAAUACGAGAAGUUUCUCGUUGAACUGCAGCGUAUUGACAGCACUCUGGAUCUGGCGAAUAUCGUGUACCUGAGUUGCGACCAGUUCAACUCCGGCAAGGUCCGGCCCGAGUUCGAGCAGAUACCUAUCGAGGAUGUUCCCGAGAAUGAGACUCUCAAGGCGAGAGGUACGCAAAUAGAGCCCAGAAAAAAUAUUCAGCUGCAGAGCCAGCUGUACAAAGACGCCGGUCUUAAUGCCAUAAAGACAUGCUACGCCUUCCAUUGCGAAUAUUCGUAUAGCUGUGUGCUGGACUUUGCAGUCGGCUCGGAGUCGUUCAAAGUUGCGUACUCCGGAGACACGAGGCCGCGACAGGCUUUCGCGAAACUCGGCUACGACUGCGAUCUGCUGGUGCACGAGGCCACUUUGGAGGACGACAAGUACGAAGACGCCAUCGAAAAGAGACACAGCACGACGUUGGAGGCCGUGCAGAUGGGCAUUUUGAUGAAGACCAAGAAGCUGCUACUGACACAUUUCAGCCAACGGUACCGCUACUGUUCGAGCGCAGCCAAGGUGUACGAGAAGUUGCAGAAUCCACUCCGUAGCAACAGUGAAGUGGACCCGCGUUCACCGAUUCUCAAAGUGCCUCUGAUCGCCGAUAUGGUCGACAAUGCACCCCGGAUUGAAGCGAUUAUCGCGUUUGACAACAUGCAUAUUCCGAUGGACAAGUUUGGGCUCCAGAAAAAAGUUUUCCAAGCUCUCGGAGACAAGCUUGAACGACUGUUCAACUCCGAUGCGGAGGAGAACAUGCAAGAGGAAAACCCGCAAAACAACAAAAAACGCAGGGCUACAUAG